AUGUCUCUCCCUCUGAUGUCCCUCAUUAAUAAAAAAGUCCUCAUCCUCACCGUGGACGGCCGCACACUCCUCGGCACCCUCCUCUCCACCGAUCAACUCACCAACAUCGUUCUCACCAACACGGUCGAGCGCAUCAUCCGCACCCCAGACGACGACGAGCCCUCAGCGCAGGUCGAGCACGGCUUGUACCUUAUUCGGGGUGAUAAUGUGGUAGUCUGUGGCGAGGUAGAUGAGAAGAUCGAUGCGGAUAUCGACUGGUCAAAGGUUAAAGGACAGGUUAUUCGGGAUACGAAGAAUGCAUGA